CAGCCCCGCCCCUCCGCCGUCGUCUACCUCCUGGAGGCGGCAACCGCUGCUGCUCUGCCCUUCCCGGUUGGCAGGGGCCAGCUGCGCCUCGGUUCUUUGGUGACCAUGGGGGACCCGAGCAAGCAAGACAUCCUGACCAUCUUCAAGCGCCUCCGCUCGGUGCCCACCAACAAGGUGUGUUUUGACUGUGGUGCCAAGAACCCCAGCUGGGCCAGCAUAACCUACGGGGUGUUCCUCUGCAUCGACUGCUCGGGGUCGCACCGGUCCCUCGGCGUCCACCUGAGCUUUAUUCGAUCUACAGAGCUGGAUUCCAACUGGUCUUGGUUUCAGUUGCGAUGCAUGCAAGUUGGAGGAAAUGCCAGUGCAUCUUCCUUUUUCCAUCAACACGGAUGUGCCACCAACGACACCAAUGCCAAGUACAACAGUCGUGCUGCCCAGCUCUAUAGGGAGAAGAUCAAGUCCCUGGCCUCCCAGGCAACCAGGAAGCACGGCACGGACCUGUGGCUUGAUAGCUGUGUGGUUCCGCCUUCGUCCCCUCCACCAAAGGAAGAAGAUUUUUUUGCGUCUCAUGCUUCUCCUGAGGGGAGCGGCCCAGGCUGGGCAUCGGCUCCGCCAGAACCGUCUUCUUUAACAUCGAGGAACAUGGACACCCCUCCAGCCAACAGCGAAGGAGGAGCAGAACAAGGACCAAGCGUGGAAGGUCUUAAUGUGCCCACUAAGGCUGCUCUAGAGGUUUCCUCCAUCAUAAAAAAGAAACCAAAUCAGGGCAGACGAGGACUUGGGGCCAAAAAAGGAAGUCUGGGAGCCCAGAAACUGGCGAAUACGAGCUUUAAUGAAAUUGAAAAACAAGCCCAAGCUGUAGAUAAGAUGAAGGAACAGGAAGACCUUCUGGCCAGGACGGCUUCUAAGGAGGAAUCGAUUGUUUCAUCGUUACGAUUAGCCUAUAAGGAUCUUGAAAUUCAGAUGAAGAAAGAGGAAAAGAUGAACAUGAGUGGCCAAAAAAAGGUGGAAGCAGAGAGACUUGGCAUGGGAUUUGGAAACUGCAGAAGUGGCAUUUCCCAUUCGGUGACUUCCGACAUGCAGACCAUUGAACAGGAAACGCCAGUGGUGGCAAAACCAAGAAAAAAGUACAGUGACGACAGUGACGACUCAUAUUUUACUUCCACCUCAAGGUACUUCGACGAGCCGAUGGAAUUAAGGAGCAGUUCUUUUUCCAGCUGGGACGACAGUUCCGAUUCCUACUGGAAAAAAGAGACCAUCAAAGACAUUGACCCGACCCUGAAAACCACAGGCUACACCGACAGACCUGCUGCCCGUCGCAAGCCAGACCACGAGCCUGUCGACGAUACGGACGAGGCCCAGAAGAAGUUUGGCAACGUCAAAGCCAUUUCCUCAGAUAUGUACUUCGGAAGACAAGCCCAGGCGGAUUACGAAACCAGGGCGCGGCUGGAGAGGCUCUCGGCGAGUUCCUCCAUCAGUUCAGCUGAUCUGUUUGAGGAGCAGAGGAAGCAGACAGCAGGAAACUACAACCUCACGAGCGUGCUGCCCACUGCUCCCGACAUGGCCCAGUUUAAGCAGGGGGUGAGAUCCGUUGCUGGAAAGCUCUCCGUGUUUGCUAACGGUGUCAUGACUUCAAUUCAGGAUCGCUACGGUUCUUAAGCCCGACGGCCCGGAGCGCGGCGCCCGCAAGGUGGGAGAAAUUCCUCCCAGUGAACCAGUGCCCACAUCCCAGACCGCCGAGAGGACCAGCCAGUUUUGCAGAUCGUUUUGCUGCGUUUUCCCGUGGUAUACCUACAUUGCUGAUUUUUAAUAUUUCUUUUGAGAAAUUCUUAUUUUUUGACGUAGUAGAAGCUUCUUGGUACUUUGUUCUGUGUACUUCCUCCUGCCCACGCCCGCCUUCUGGCCUGUCUGUGCCCAUCCCGCUUCCUUUCCUUGGACUCUUUGGUCCCAACAGCCAGGGGGCUGGAGACAGGGGCUCCUCCACUUCUCCAAGGACCAAGAGCCUUCGUGGGGUGAGGAGGUCUCUGCUGUGAGCCUCCCGGGCCAGCGGCUGCCAGAGUCAGCUGAUGCCAGAAGGGCCUGAAAUUCACAACACCUCUCUGGUUAAAAAGGGAGCCGAGAAUAAAAGGCAAAGACCAAAAA